GGGGCGUGUCGUUGCUGACGCCCGCCCAGCGGCCACCAGGCACCGCACCGCAGUCGCUCCGACGCCGUCCCGCGCUCUGCACGUUGGCAGCAAAUACCGCGGUCGCUCUUACUCGCUUUUUACGCGCUCGACACACGUCUCACUGACUCGAGCAUCAAUCAGUCAUGGAGGGGUUCCUGCACCACAUGGCGCCGCAGUUUCUGCACCCAGCGCUGCAGAGCUUCGGUUGUGGCGCAUUUCGUCCGAUAGGGGGCGCUUUCCACCCUCUUUACCCUGGCAAAGCAUUCGCCAGACAUCUUGGUGAACAAUACGCGCUUGGUCAAAGCGUUGGACAAGCUUUGAGGAAUGUCCGCGACGACAGCAGCACGCCGCCGCUGUACCGCCACGCGUACGCGGCGCGCGACGACACGAGCUCGCCGGGCUCUGCCGCGUCAGCCUCACCUCGACCUUGCAAGGAUGAUGACGCACCAGCGGCACCGACAUGCACCGACUCUCACGACUUCUUCUCACCGGACGGUGAGCGCAAGUCUUCAUGUGGUGUGUGCGGGGCGCGGCUGGGCCCGGGUGUCGCCCAGGCGCACUUCCUGCAGGAGCUGCAGCACCUGUACAGCCUCAGCGCGCUGCCACGGGACACUGCAGUUCCACCACAGCACUCGCUACACCAUCAGGACGAAGACGCCCGGUGGGAGACUUACCAGCGAAUUCGAGCCAAUCGCCAGCGUCGGCUGAAGUUGCGUACUCGCAAACGCCACCAUACAGUCGAGAGCAUGCUUGGUUACGACCUAGAAGAGGAACGGCGGGAAGAGAGGCCUCGCGAAUCCCGCCCUUACGACGCUGAAGACGAGCCUGUUGAUGUUGAGGGAGACUCCCUCGGCUGGCCAGAGGCGGCCAUUAACGUUGAUGAAAAAGAGCAACGCGGUGAUGGCGAUAAAUUGCACAUGAGCUACGCUGAAGACUUGGAAAUAUCCAGCACGAACGACGCCAUGCAGUCACCAGAACGCGUGAGGAUUGAGACGCCAAAAUCUUUGUCGCUGGAGUCCACCCCGAAGGCAGCAGAGAGCGUGGAGAGGCCUGCGGAGGUGUCGACGACAGAGGCCUGGGGUGGGGCCGGGGCCCCGGCGGCUGCUACCGAUGCCUGGCCGGCUCUUGCUGCGGAGGCCUACAUCCAAGCUACCCGCCACAAGAUUGACGGCGAGAACCUUCCCUCCUCCACUGACACCCGCAACUAAACUGACACUCAACCACAGCGCAGCUCUCAGCCUCUGCAUGAUUUGAGCAGUACAUGUAGGUACUUUAGGAGCUACUUUCUAAGGUUUAUAAGUGUAAAGAAAAAACUUGUGGAUGUAAACACUACCGUGUGAAAAUAGAGUUGUAUCCCAUAAAUAUUGAACGGUAACGUAAGCAUUAAUGUAGUAUUGCUUAUUUAAAGGUGACUAGAUUCUUAGAGUAGGAUACAUUUUACUUAUGAUGCUCCUAUCGUACCUACAUACAAAAUAAAUUAAUUAGGGCAAUGAACAAUGUCUUAGUGGUAGCUCAAAAUACUCGAUUACCUACGUACUCAAUUUCAUGAAAUGCAAAUUACAAUUUACAAGUAAGGAUUCUCGAUUUUUGUCAAUCGCAUCCUACUUCUAAUUGUCUUACAUAAGAAUAGUUAUACUUUGUUUUUAUUUUAUGUAAGUAUAGUUUUGUAAAAAUAUUAAUGUUCAGAUCAUUGGCUAACUUCUAGACCAAUAAAAUUAUUAAAAUCAUCAAAUAAUAUUAUUAAUAUAUAAAUGCAUGAAUUACAUUAGGAAUACAUUAAUAGUUUGCAAAUAAAUAAGAUCAUUUUGUUGGAAGAUGUUUCUAAACGGGCUAAGUUUUACUGUGUAGUGGCAACUGUUAUUGAUGUAACAGCUUGUCUAUAUCCAUGGGGGAUGUGGUACAAUAAUGAAGUGGCUCAUGGGCGUCCUUAACGGGUUACAAUGGCUGAUGAAAUCACACAGUGGCCCGCAACAUUGCACACAUUACCAAGCGAUCUCGUAUUUACCUUUAUCCCGGUCAUUUUAAACACGGCCUUACAUAUCUUACCGAUAUUGAUGCUAUACUUCCCGGGUAAACGUUUAGAAACACCUUAAGCCAAAUACUUAGAUAUAUUAAGAUAUUAUUAUUGUUAUAUAUUUGUGUAAAUAGUUCAAUCUCUUUGUAGAUUGUAGCGAGCAAUUUUAACGUUAUGUUCGAACGGUCUUAUUAAAAUAUUGUAUUGUCUGUCGCCAUGCUUAGUUAUUAUAUAGAUAAGUAAUAUAAUGUAAUUCAUCUCUUCGUUGUUGUUAACUAUGUGUACAUAACAAAAUGUGUCGAAAUAUUUCAUGUUAUUAAACAUUAUAUUUACCAAGACAUUAAACGUGAUUAGGUAUAAAUCGUCAUCACCCUAUACAUUACCUACAUUAUAUGCUCAUAUUGCUUAAUAGAAUUCAUAUGCGCCAUUAUAUUCACUCAUUUAUUUAUUAUUUAUAAAUUAAAAAUAAAACAGUAAUUGAGAAUUCAAAGUAAAAUGUAUUAAAACUUCUUUAUAACAUGACAUCGUUCACAAACUUUUACUAUUCCCUGCCAAUAAAGAUAACAUUUAUAAUUUAAAUUCGACGUAACAAUCAAUAUGCUUUCAAACACCAGCCAGAACUAUCGGGACAACAAUACGGGGCCGGUUGUAUCACUAAACAUUCAUACAUAGCGAAUAUUACAAUAUGCUAGAGUAGUCCUGAGUUGGCCAUUGAACUUGAAUGAGGCGUGCUCCCGGACAGUCAAUGCAGUCCAAGGGGAUCGGAGCGAACCCGAAAUUUGAAACUAAUGCACUUUUAAAACGUCCAUCGAAACUUGUGUAUGCAUAACUAAUAACUCAAGCAAUCAACAUUUCUAGUCGUACCAUACCCUAUUACCGUAUCCUGCUAUAGUUUAAGACCGAAACUUACUUUAUGACGUACAUUAUUUAUUAACCAGCUAAAAUACUUGAUUACACCUACACAAUUUAUGGUUUAAAAUAAGCACCAUAAUGGCAAAACUGUAAAUGUAAAUGAGCUACAACUUAAUAGGAAAUUAAAAAGGAAACAAAGAUGAAACGUCCUAAGCAUAAAAACUAUGCGUUACAGAAGCUAAAGUCAUUUCAGGAAACUAUACAAUCAAUAUUCAUAAAGAGGAAAAAUUAAGUAUUCGAGAUGUACGACCAGCGCAUAAGUGGAUUCAAGAGGAGGAGAACAGUUCCGAUGAAGCCGAUACUUGGUAUAUAUUGCAAAUUUUAUCGAACCGAACUUGUUGUCCUUCGAAUAAUAUUUAUGGCGUAUAAAAU